CGUUGGGUCAUGUUUUGACAACUACCUUGUGUACUACUGUGAUUUUCGAAAUUCCGUGCGGGGGUGAUGUUCGAAAAGAAAAAACUGACAGCAUGUCAAAAGUGCGAAUGUCAAAUAAAAUCCCAGGAAGUUGCAGUGAAGCAGGAAAAAUAGUAAAUUUUAUCAUUUUCCAGUGGUAUUUUAUCUGUUUUUGCAAGUAUCAUUUGCUCAAAUCAAUUCCGCAACUGUGAUAGAAGAUGACGGAACAGCAGAUGGAUUGUGCAUUGGAUUUGAUGAGGCGUCUGCCACCGCAGAAAAUUGAGAAAAAUCUCAUUGACCUCAUCGAUUUGGCUCCCGGACUCUGUGAGGAUUUACUCUCGUCCGUGGAUCAGCCACUGAAGAUUUCCAAGGAUAAGGAAACUGGUAGAGAUUAUUUGUUGUGUGACUACAAUCGCGAUGGUGACUCAUACCGAUCGCCAUGGUCAAAUACAUAUGAUCCACCGCUCGAAGAUGGUUCCAUGCCAUCCGAGCGACUGAGGAAGCUUGAGAUUGAGGCUAAUCAUGCCUUUGACCAGUAUCGUGAAAUGUACUACGAGGGUGGGGUCUCAUCGGCAUAUUUGUGGGAUUUGGAUCAUGGCUUUGCCGGAGUGAUUUUGAUUAAGAAAGCCGGCGAUGGCAGCAAGAAGAUCAAAGGAUGCUGGGAUUCAAUUCACGUGGUUGAGGUGCAAGAGAAGAGCACAGGAAGGACUGCCCACUACAAGCUCACUUCCACGGCCAUGCUGUGGUUGCAGACCAAUAAGCAGGGCUCUGGAACGAUGAAUUUGGGCGGGAGUCUCACGCGACAGAUCGAGCAGGAUGCCAAUGUGAGCGAAUCCAGUCCGCAUAUCGCAAACAUUGGCAAAAUGGUUGAGGAUAUGGAGAAUAAGAUUCGCAACACUCUCAAUGAGAUUUAUUUCGGGAAGACGAAGGAUAUUGUUAAUGGGCUGAGAAGCACUCAAUCUCUGGUGGAUCAGCGUGCCAAUGAUGCCAUUAAGCAGGAUCUGGCCGCGGCAAUUGCUCGUAGGAACAAGAGUGACAACUGAGACUGGGAAGAGUGAUUCGGAUGAAUUAAAUGGUCACUAUUUAUUAUCAAAAUAUAAAAAAAAGAAAAUCAUCUGUUAUUAGACAGCGCGAAUUUCCCAGAUCCCUCGAGCUUCAACCAAGUCGCCUUCGCGGGACUGUUGUGUGGAAUAAUGAGAUGUGUGUAUGGAUUUGCAGAUCCCCGGCACUAAUUUUAUAUUAAUGAUAAUAUUCUUUUUAAUAAUAUCAUCAUUUCCAUUCCUCAUGUUCUCGGACAUUUCAUGCAAUUUUUAAUUUUAUGCAUUUUUAUUCCGUAAAACUUCACACAUUAUAUUUCUUUUUUUUUUGCUAAAACAAGAUACAGAAUAUUUAAUUGUAACAAUUAUACAGCAAGGAGAAUAAAUUAUGAAUAAAUUGUUAAGAGAAA